UUUCAUAAUAUAUCAGCCACACAGCCGCAUAGGAGGAGGGAGCAAAACAAACCAGAGUAACAACAAUGGUGAACGGGUCAGGAAUCUGCGCAAAGGAAGUGGUGGUGGACGGGCGUCACCACAUGCUUGGCCGCCUAUCUUCGAUUCUAGCCAAGGAACUGCUAAAUGGGCAGCGAGUGAGUGUCGUCAGAUGUGAAGAAAUAUGUCUGUCGGGUGGUCUUGUCAGACAGAAAAUGAAGUAUCAGCGGUUUAAAAGGAAACGCAUGAAUACUAAACCUUCUCAUGGUCCUAUUCAUUUUCGUGCUCCUUCUAAGAUCCUUUGGAGAACCAUCAGAGGCAUGAUUCCACACAAGACCAAGCGUGGAGCUGCUGCACUCGCAAGGUUGAAGGUUUACGAAGGAGUCCCUACUCCUUACAACAGAAAGAAAAGGAUGGUCAUUCCUGAUGCCCUGAAGGUAUUGAGGUUAACUGCUGGCCAUAAGUACUGCUUGCUUGGACAGCUCUCAUCUGAAGUUGGAUGGAAUCAUUACGAGACAAUCAAGGAUCUUGAGAAGAAGAGGAAAGAGAAAGCCCAAAUUGUGUAUGAACGUAAGAAGGAACUCAACAAAUUGCAAGAAAAGGCAGAGAAAGCUGCUGAGGAGAAACUUGGUGCCCAACUUGAAAUUCUUGCUCCGGUUACCUACUAAGUGUCUUAAAUUUAGUUUCGUGUUAGAAAUUUUAUUUUUGAUCGUUAUGAGAAACAAAUGCCUAUCCUUAUAUUUCAGUUUUGCACAUUUGUGUUGAUUUUGUGCCCCGGCUUUGCUGUGCCAAGAUUAUGGUUGGUUUUAGCUUGUUUUAAAGUUGCAAGGUGCAACACUUGUUACUGGCUCAUUUUCAUAUCAUUUAAUAGUAAGAAUAGUGUUUAUCCAUCA